GUUCCUGUCCCAUCCUUCUUGAAGCCAGCCUUUAUUGUGACCCACGCUCCCCACUCCACCUGCUCCUUGGGGAGCAGGGUAUUAUCCCAAGGCGAUUCACAGUCAAUUUACUAUGCUGUAAUAGAUGCCUCCCCUAUUGUUCCGGAGCAAUGCCCGGAUUGGCCAGGGAGUGUGGGAAAACGAGAGACUCUCUGGCCCCAUACAUUUGUAUGCAUCUCUCGGGUAUAAAUAGAAGCCGGGGGGCUUGUGCCCUUUCCAGACAGUGCAUCUGAAGCCAAACAGUGGCUCGUGGGCCUGGCGGUAGCAUGGCACCCACUGCCCACGCUCUCUCCCUGGAAAUCUUGGCCUCCAAAGAGAAAAACAGACUACGGAAGCCCAUGGUGGAGAAGCUGCGCCGUGACCGGAUCAACAGCAGCAUUGAGCAGCUGAAACUUCUGCUGGAGAAGGAAUUCCAGAAACAUCAGCCCAACUCCAAACUGGAGAAAGCAGAUGUUCUGGAGAUGACUGUCAGCUACCUGAAAUAUAGCCAAACAAUGGCUCUGUCUUCUGAAAACUUAACCCAGGAUUACAGCAAAGGCUAUUCCUCCUGCUUGAAAGAAACGCUGCAGUUUCUGGCUGUUCACUCAGCAAACACUGAAACACAGCUCAAACUUUUGAACCACUUCCAGAAGCCCUGGGCAUCUGCGGCCAAAGAGAUGGCCUCUUCUUCAGCCUCGUCUUCGGUCCAGCAACUGACCCCCCAAAAGGCAGCACCAAAGCCCCCCUGCCCAUUGUGGAGGCCUUGGUAGAAGCGGAGGACGUCUGGAGGGGAGGGAAGGGCUCGGAUCGGUGUUAAGAAAUUCCUGAGGAGUUAGCAAUUUGAUGUACAAAUGUCUGUUGCUCCUCUAAUGCGUAGGGAAGAUGAUAUCCCCCUUAAAAUAUUCUGACGCGUCGUUGUGGGGUUCCUUCUUCGCUCAGAAAGAUUAGAGUUCUCCCGUCAACUGCGGAGAGAAAGCCAUUCUAAAAGAAUGAGUCAGAAAGUAAUCCUUGUAUUAGGAAUAAUUCUAGAUAGCUGCUCUAAGAGAAUAUUGGUUUUUAACCUUGAUGAGGU